AUGACUUUGGAAGCUGAGUCGGAUUUUAUUUCCCAUCAGCUCUCGUCCUUUGUCAUGCCGACCACCUCAUCGUGGCACCAAGGUCCAGUGCCCCGUAUUGUCGGGGGAAACCAGGCGCCAGCAAAGUUCGUCAAUUGGAGAACUUUGCGGCGCCAGGCUCACGGCAUUGCAAAGUACCAGGACCAGCCGCGUCUUGCUGGGACACCGUAUUAUCUUCAUCGGUCUUGGGGCGUGUGUCGCCGUGCCACCAUUAGUAUCAUCCAUACCAAGUUACUGCUGUGUGGAAAUGCGGAAGAGAAUCCCGGCCCUACAGCAAAGGGCAUGCAAUGGAACUCAGCUGGGCUAACGCAAGCCAAACGGCUGGCCUUGGGGAAAAAGCUCUACUAUGAUAAUAUCGCGUUUUGCUUAUUGAGUGAGACGAAAAUGUCCCCCCCUGAGGCAGCUAGUUUUGGACUUCCUGAGUACCAACAUUAUGGGAUAGCUCGCACCUGUCGUAGUGGAGGUGUAUCAAUCUUCAUCAGGGAUGAGGUACGGGUAGAGAUAGGACCUGCACUUGUUGCAGGCAUUGAGCUUGCACAGGUGACCAUCCAUCUGGAUGCAGGUAUGCAGCUGGCGAUUUCAUCAGCAUAUCUUCCGCCUGCUGCGACCCAGAUCACUCCAGAGGACCUUGAUAGACUUGGUUCAGACGGGCCACAGCUCAUAGGUGCUGACGUCAAUGCACACGCAUUGGCAUGGGACAACGAAGUCCCGCCUGACUCUCGAGGUGAUACCAUCGUGCAAUGGUGCAUUGAUAAUGAGUUCCUCAUUGCCAACACUGGAAAUAGGACACGGUACACCGAGAGGCAUAGAGGCUCCGCGCCAGAUGUAACACUGGCAAAAGAGUGCGCAGUGACAGAUUGGACAGCGCGACCCACCCCCGACAGCGACCACUACAUCAUCACUUAUACUGUCCAGGUGGGGGAGGAUGACACUCCGCUAGAAGUGCCGCGGAUCUACAAGACCCUGCUUACAUGGAAGAAGGCAAACUGGUCGAAGUUCCGCAAACUGACCAACUCACACUGCAGGCUCAAACGAGGCAUGAAUCGCAUAGACACCAUAGAGAAGCACAUCGCAUCUGGUAUACGGCUUGCCACAAAGGCAGCAGUGCCGGAGGGCAAUCGACGCCAGUCCCCGUUCUGGACCCCUGAGCUGGCCGACUUGGAUAAAGCAAUUGCUAGCAAGCCCCACGCCCAAUCCAGUCAGCGGCUCAAGAUCCGACGCAGGGAACUUCUUCGCGCAGCGGCCACUAGCCGGUGGCGAACGCUCUGCUCGAACCUUGAGGUCUCCAACGGGAACAGCUGGCAGAUCAUAAAGCGUGUAUACGCCCCCCGCCCCCUCAGCACGCCCGCCGUCAAGGCAGAUGGGGUUGUGCUUUCCCACCACCUGGCCCGCAUGUACGCUGCAAUUCCGCGAAGACACCCGCGAUCCUACUCCCCACCCCCAAAUCAAAACAAGGGAUGA